AGUUUAAGGGGAAAGGAGAAAAAGAAUGCUAGGUGGGCUAUAAGUAGAAAGUUGUGGCUGCUUGGAAACUUGCGAAGAUGAUGAAAGGAUCCCUUCAACCUCCCUCUCUCUCACAAACACAGAAAACAGAUUAAGUUAUGCCCACAGGUAGAAGAUCUUCAUCGGAUGAGUACCAGAGGCCAUUGGAGGCCGGCUGAAGAUGAGAAGCUUCGCAAGUUGGUGGAUCAGUAUGGUCCUCACAAUUGGAACUCCAUAGCCGAAAAGCUUCAAGGAAAAUCAGGGAAGAGUUGUAGGUUAAGAUGGUUUAAUCAGUUGGAUCCAAGAAUCAACAGAAGCCCUUUUACAGAAGAGGAAGAAGAGAGGCUCCUUGCUUGUCAGCAGAUUCAUGGCAAUAAAUGGGCUGUUAUUGCAAAGCAAUUUCCUGGUCGUACUGAUAAUGCUGUGAAGAACCAUUGGCAUAUAAUCAUGGCAAGAAAAUGCAGAGAAAGAUCAAGGAUUCAUGCAAAAAGAGCAGCUUCUCAAGCGUUGUUAGUCAAUGAGCAGACACAUUCUUUCUCAAAUCAAGACGUGAUGAGGAUCGUGAAUUGUGAGCCAAGGAACCUUGCCCCAUCAUUUUUCCACAAAUUCUGUGAAAGUUAUUGCGAUUGUUAUCAUCGUCCCUUCUGUCUCAACUAUCCGACGUCUUUUUGCAAUGAAAAUACCAGCCAUCAUGAAGGUAAACCUCUAGAGUUCUAUGAUUUUCUCCAAGUAAAGACUGAUUCUAGCAAAAGCGAAGCCCUCGACAAUGCUAGAAGAGAUGAUGUUGAGGUAGAUCAGGAAGCCAGGGAAUUACAUCAGAGAAAGGCUAAUUUUCCUUUCAUUGAUUUUUUGUCUGCUGGAAACUCUAAUUAGCGGGUUCCCUUCACUUCAUAAAUAGUACAAAUGUAAGCAGUUAUUUACAAUCACACUUAAUUAUUACUACUCAAAUGCAUUGGCAAUUAGGCA